AUGGCAGAAGCUCUAGAACAGAUGAUCCUGCCCGCGGUGAACCGCCACCUCGUCGACACGGGCGAGCGCGCCGAGCAGGUCAUCUCGCAGCUCAUGGUCUCCAUGGUGCGCGAGGGCCAGGUCGCCGUCGACUGCGAGUGGGGCGCGAACGCCGCGCACGAGGGCGCGUCGUUGCUCCAGUUGGCGACGCGCGGCCUCGUCGUCUUGGUGGACCUGCUCGCGCUGCCGACGACGCCCGCCGUGCACAAGCUCCUCGCCGACGUCGCGGACCUCGCCUUCGCGAGCCGCCACGUCGUCGUGCUGGGCUUCGACGGCGAGGCCAACGACCUGCCCCACCUGCGGGCCGCGUGGCGCCGGCGCGGCCUCGUCUUCCCCGCGCGCGUCACGCGCUACGUCGACGUGCGCGUCGCCUGCGCCAGGGCCGGCGGCUGGGAGGCGGACUACGACGAGCUGCGGGGCUACGGCCUCGCGGAGUGCGCCGCCAAGUUCCUCGGGCGGCGCCUCGACAAGUCGCCGCGCGACCUCGACUGGCGACGGCGCCCGCUGACCGAGGCGGCCGUCGCGUACGCGGCGCUGGACGCCUACGCGCUGCUGCAGCUCUACGACCGGCCCGAGGUGGCGUCGGCCGUGGAGCGCGAGCGCGGCGUCGCGGAGCGGUCGCGGUCGCCGCCGCCGCGGCCCGCGGCGUCGCCGCCGCCGCCGGCCGACGGCUGGGGCACGCCGUCGUCGCACGCGGGCGGCUGGGGCCGCGCGUCGCCGGACGCGGGCGCGUGGGGCCGCGCGCGGAGCCGGUCGCCGGACGCGCGGGGCCGGUCGCCGGACCGCCGCGUCGCGUGGAGCCCGACGGCGUCGUCGUUCCAGUCGCCGCAGAGCGACAGCGACGCCGAGGACGCGCGCCGGGCCGAGUUCUACGGCGCGCUCCGCGACUGGCUCGAGAAGGACGUGCUCGACGCGGACGGCUACGAGCACGCGCUCAACGUGGGCAAGAACCGGCCGCUCCCGUGCCCCCUGCGGCCCCACUCCUACGGCACGCUCCGCGUCGUCCGCGCCUGCCGCUGCCGCGGCGGCAACCGGUCCUUCGACGGGUCGUCCUUCGAGGACAAGCUCCUGCGGCUCGGGGGCCACUGCCGCGCCGCGGCCGCGCCGCCCGCGUCCGACCCGGGCCACGCGCUGCUCUUCAACUGGCUCAAGGCGCGCUACGGCUCCACGGCGCUCAGGGCGCUGCCGCCCCUGCCGACCGCGGACGACGACGGCGACGACGACGACGAGGCCGCGGGCGAGCCCGCGGCGGCGCCGCCGCCGCCGUCGACGUCCGCGCGGCUCGUCCACGCGACCUCGACGUUCCUCGCGCGCUGGCCCGCGGAGGUGCCGCGCGCCUGCGCCCCGAAGGCGGCCUGCGACGUGUUUCCGUUGUUGGCCAUGGUCCCGGCGAAGGCGCGGCCCGGCGUGACCGCCGCGCUCGAGGCGCGCGACGCGGAGGAUCCCUACGGCGCGCUCGUCGACGUCAAGCUCGCCGCGGGGCGGCCGCCGCGGCUCCAGUUCGGCGGGGCGAACCCGGCGGUCGUCACCGUCGGCGGCGCGCCGCUCCUGACGGCCGAGGACCUCGCGCGGGCUUGCGCGCCGCUCACGUUCGACGCGGCGACAGAACGCGCGGCGCUCCCCGGCCAGCUCCACCGCGUCUCGCGCGUGCUGCACCGCGGCGCCGUCGCGGCGCUGAGUUUGAGAGUUGGCCGCCACGUGGCCGGCGCCGCGCACCGCCUGAGCGACGUGCUCCGGCGCGGCGAGUCCGUGCUGUUUCUGGGCGCGCCGGGCGCGGGCAAGUCGACGGCGCUCCGCGACGCGGCGGCGCUCGUGGGCGCGUACCGCGAGCGGCACGCGCCCGUCGGCGACUGCUGGGUCGUGGAUCAGAGCCUGGAGCUCGGCGGCGACGGGCUGGCGGCGCACGCGAGCCUCCGGCCGGCGGAGCGGUACCCGUGCCAGGGCGAGGCGCUCCACGAGGCCAUGCUCCGCGUGCUGCGGAACCACACGCCCGCGGCCAUCGUCGUCGACGAGCUCGUGGACCGCGCGGCGGCCCUGGCGGCGGCGGACGUGGGCAAGCGGGGCGUCCAGCUCCUCGCGUCCGCGCACGCGUGGGAAAAGGGCGCGACGUCCGCGCACGCGCGGUCGCUCGCGGAGCUCGUCGACGACGCGGCGCUCGCGCCCGUGCUCGGCGACUUCGAGAUCGUGACGCUGAGCGACCGCGAGGCGGCGCGGCGCGCGAAGACGCAGCGCGACCCGCGCAAGGUGCGGCGCCAGCGCGUGCGCAACGCGACCUUCGGCUGCGUCGUCGAGCUCCGGCCGCGGUCCCCGGGCCGGCCGGGCGAGUGGUCCGUCGUCCUCGACGUGAACGCGGCCGUCGACGCCAUCGUCGAGAACGGCGCCUACGACGCCCAGGCCCGCUUCUACGACGCGGCCCACGACCUCUCCGCCGAGCCGCGCAGCAUGUGGGCUCUCCCCGCCGCCCUCGCCGUCGGCGUGGUCCUCGAGCGCGCGGGCUGCCCGCUCGUCGUCACGAGUGCGAUCGCGGCGCUCCUCGCGCUGACGUCCUACCUCGGGGAGCGGCGCGCGGCGUCGCUCGCGGCGGCCCGGAAGGAGCGCGAGGCCGAGGACCUGGACCAGCGGUUCCGCGAGGCGGCGCUCGCGAGCGGCGUCAAGAUCUCGCCCCGCGAGAAGAUCCUCCUCGAGGAGCUGGACUGCCGCACGUGGCUGGACCAGGCGCUGACGACGGUCUGGGCCACGUACCACGCGAAGAUCAGCGGCUGGCUCGAGGGCGUGUUGGCCGGCGUGCUCGACGGCCUCGUGCCCUUGGGACCCAUCGACUCGUUCACCUUCAAGACGUUCCAGCUCGGCGCGGCGGCGCCGCGCGUGCGCCGCGUCGUGCCCGUGCGCCUCGCGGAGGACGGCGUCGUCAUGCUCGACCUCGACGUCGACUGGCGCGGGUCCGGCGUCGACGUCGACCUGUCCGCGCGGCUCGGCGGCGGCUGGAUCGGCGCGUCCGUGCCCCUGGGCCUGGACCACGUGUCCUUCAAGGCGACGCUGCGCGUGCGCUGCGUGCUCGGCGACCGGUCGCCGUUCGCGGCGCUGGUCGACGUCGCGUUCGCGCGGAAGCCGGAGGUCCUGGACUUCGGGCUCUCGGUGAUCUCGGGCGACAUCACGGGCCUGCCCUCCAUCCCGGCGCUCGUGUCGAACGCGCUCGAGGGCGUCAUCGACGGCCUCAUGGUCUGGCCGCGGCGCCUGUCGUUCCCGCUCGACGAGUGGUGGCACCCCUGGGACGUGCCGCCGGCCGUGGCGCACGGCGUGCUGCGGCUGACCGUGGACCGGGCGCGCGACCUGCCCGGCGCGGACCUCGACGGCAAGUCGGAUCCCUUCGUCGUCGUCGAGGUCGGCGGCGCGGACGCGGGUGGCGGCUUCGAGGCGCGCGAGACGCUGCGCACGGCGACGAAGUCGAAGACGCUGAACCCGACCUGGGACGGCGAGGUCUUCACGCUGACCAUCGCGGACCCCGCCGUCGACCGCGUCCGCAUCUCCGUGUUCGACUACGACCUCGGCGGCGAGCCGGACCCGCUGGGCUCCGCGUGGCUCGGCGGCCGGCUGCUGCGGGACCUGGCCCGCGGGUCCACGCGCGCCUUCUGGCUGCGCCUCGAGCCGCCGUCCAAGGGCGCGGGGAAGCUGCGCUACGGCGGCGCGGGGCCGCCGCGCGUGCGGCUCGAGGUCGCCUACGGCGCGCUCCUCCCGGCGGCGGCGGACUUCCCCGCCGUCGGCGAGGAGGGCGCGGCGCCGACCCCGACGUCGCCGCGCCGCGCGCGGAGCGAGUCGCUCGCCGCCGCGGGGCCCUGCGCCGUCGAGGCCGCGCUCGGCGCGGCCGCCGCGGCCGGCCUCCGGACGCGCGGCCGCGCGCUCCUCAAGCGGGGCGCCAUCCUCAAGGAGGGCUUCGGCGGCUUCAAGCGCUGGUCGCACCGCUGGCUCGAGCUCGAGCUCGAGCUCGACCUGACCGCGGACGGCUUCCGGCGAGCACCAGUGCUCGCGGCCGCGCUCCGCUACGGCAAGCCCGCGUCCACGGACGACGCCGAGGCCGCGCGCGGCGAGGUGCGGCUCUCGCCCGACGCCGCCGUGUCCAUCCUCGAGGAGAAGAAGAAGCAGGCCGUCGUCGAGGUGAGGACGGGCGCGUCCAAGCCCUGGCGCUUCGCGCCCCUCGACGCCGACGCGUCGUCGUGGGUCGCGGCGCUCGAGGCCGCGUCGGCGGCCCUGGGCCUCGACGGCGCGGCGCUCCGGUCCGCGGGCGAGAACGGCGACGCCGUCGACCUCUACUCGGGCGCGACGGUCGUCGUGGAGAUUUUGGAGGCGCGGGGACUGACGGCGGCGGACGACGACGGGCUGAGCGACCCCUACGCCGUCGCGCGAUUAGGCGGCGAGACGUUCUCGACGCGGACCAUCAAGCACACGCUGGACCCCCAGUGGUUCGAGAGCCACGAGUUCUGCGGCGGCGUCGCGCUGGGCGAGAGCCGCGGCGAGUACGCGGACUUCUCCGCCGACGGCGCGACGUUGCGCGUCGACGUCUACGACGCGGACCCCCACGGCGCGAGCGAGCACCUGGGCGCGGCGACCUUCCCGCUGCGCGACGUCGACGACGCCGUCGGCGGCGCGGUCUGGGCGCCGCUCGCGGCGCCGCCCGGCCGCGCGGGCGCCGCGGGCGACGUCCGGCUCCGCGUCACGCGGCGCGCGUUCGCCGCGCGCGCGCUGGACCGGCCCAAGCAGAUGGCCGGCGGCGUCGGCACGGCGGCGACCGUGCUGCGCGCGGCGAACAUCUUCCGGAGCAAGGCGAAUACGCCGGACCGCGUCUCCUGCCUCUCGGCGAUGGGCGCCUCGCGGCGCGUGGACGACAGCGACGACGACGACGACGACGGCACGCCGAAGCGCACGGCGUGCGUGAACUUCCGGCGGCGCAGCGGCGACGGCGGCGGCGUGGAGCCCGUGCCGGAGGCCAUGACGCGGUGA